CAUUACAUAACGCGAAAAAACUUUAUCUACCCAAUAAAUAAUCCAUCUACAAAAAAAUAAACAUUAAUAAAUAAGGGUGUGACUCAGCAAAGUUGAGUAUUCUUUUAUUGUCUGUUUCUACGGAAUAAUCUACCAAGUGGGUAAAUGUAGCAAUCUUCUAACAUAACGUUAUUUGUCAUUUCAGUCUAUAAUAAAUUCAAUGGUUUUCGAAUUAUCACAAUAAUGAGUGAAAACUAAGAACCACGUAUGAUUUGGUGAUCCUGAAUCAUUCAAUAAUAAUGUUGUUGCUAGCAUAGAUGACUAUAUAUGUAGACUACCCAACAAGCAACCAAGAAUUUAAUAAGCCAUAUGUUAUAUCUUCAUACAUACUAAUACUAUAUUCUUUCCAAAAAGGUCUUAAAAUAUGGCCAAAAAUAGCUUUUGUUAUCCUGGUUUGCCAGAAGAGGAAACCAUCACUCAUCAUUUUCAUGCUACUGCAAGUAGGAUGGAAUUGCAAGAAUUGCCUACAAAUAAUUAUGCCUUUCAAUAUCAAGAGGAUUUUGAUGGAUAUGCAGAAUUUGAAGAUAAAGCUGCUGCCGCUGCUUCCUCCCACAGCCACCGGCAAGCCGAGAAGCGGCGCCGGGAUCGGAUUAAUGGCCAGCUUACAAGGCUUAGGAGGCUCAUUCCUAAGUCAGAUAAGAUGGACAAGGCAGCUCUUUUGGAAAAAGUAGUAGAGCAAGUUAAGGAUCUAAAGAGAAAAGCAUCAGAAAUAAACAAAUUCUUUACUAUCCCUACAGAAAGUGAUGACAUAACUAUUGACUGCCACACAGAAACUAUGCAAGAAAAAGACAGUUUUCCAAGUACAAUUAUUGAUCAUGAUCACAAAGAAAAUCAUCCCUUCCGGUUGGUUAGAGCUUCUCUCCCGAUUUCAGGUGAUCCUGGAGUCGAUUCUCAUCCCCGUCCUUGUGGCUCUUUCGCACCCAAAGAAAACAAAGAAAAUCAUCCCAACAAUAACAACAACAACAUAGUGUUGAUUAAGGCCACAUUUUGCUGCGAAGAUCGCAUCGACUUAAUUCCGGAGCUAAUACGGGCACUCAAAGACCUCAAAUUGACCAUUAUUGGAGCUGAAAUUGGUUGUUUAGGAGGAAGAAUGAAAAGUAUUCUAUUACUUUACUACAGAUUAGAUGUUAAUGAUGGUGCUAAUCAUGGUGUUUGUAGUGUUAGUGCAAUUAAACAGUCUAUUAUGAGUGUUUUGACUAGAGUUUUAUCGUGGUCUAGUGCUAGUACGUCUAAUUUUCGUGUCACAAGUAAGAGGCAACGCUUCUUUUUCUCCUCUUAAGUAUAGAUUUUUAUUUAUUGAGCAUUACAUAUAGUGGAUGUAUGAAAUAAACAUAUCUUGUGAAGUCCAACUCUCGUUGGAACGAUGAUAGCAUUUAUAGAUCAUUACUUUAAUUUCCUAAA